AUGGUGGUCGAAGAGCGGCCGUCCUUGGUGGUGCCAUGGGGGGCUGCUUCUCCUGUCAGCGUUGCAGAACUCCAGCUGGAACAUCCCAUAAGCAACACUCAGCACAGACCUGUGUGGUCUGCCGCCCCGAUUCCUUUUCCAAAGUACCUCUCUGAACCAGCUCGAUACAGUCCAGCCCUCCGAUCUUUAGUUUUUUCUCCCUCCAGGUCCAGCUACAGGCAGGAUACAAGGCUGCCCAAGGCUAAAGAGACAGAUACGCAGAAGACUCAGGAAGCCGACUCAGAAAGCGGGCCCCCUGCCCGGGCCUCUCCUCCCGCUGCUGCCGCCCGUGAGCCCUGGUCCCGCUCCGUCCGGAGCCCCCCGGGGGCCUCUCCGGCCCUGGCGAGCGCUGUGGCCGAGGCGAGCGGCCCGGGGGCGGCUGUCACCCUGGAUGCCCUCGAGCAGCAACUGGCCGCCCUCAAGGAGCUGCAGCACCAGUACCUGCAGGGGCAGCUGCGGGUGCGCCGCACGUGCCAGCACUUCCCACGGGCCCUGCGCGCCAUCAGCCUGCAGAUCUGCCGUGCCCGGAGGAGGCUCAUCCGCACCGAAGUGCGACUGAAGCGGCAAGAACGAGAAGCCUCCCCCAGCCCAGCCGAUGUUGCUCAGGUGCCAGUCUUUGAAGGCUUCUCCACCGCCUCCACAUCCAGCUUGGCCCAGGAGCCCGUCUCCCCCAUGGCCUCAGACUCCCGGGGCGUCCUCUUCCUUGGCUCAAGCGCCUCCAGUUUUUCCCUCUCCCUGCACCCCUCCCCUCCCCCUCCCCCCUCCUCUCCUCCUCUGCGGCCAGAUCCAAGGGACCUCCAAGAAGCGCUGGCAACGCUUUUGGAACGGCAAGCCCACCACCUCCGGGACCGGAAAAGGGACCUCCGUGGCUGUCAGGAGUGCCUAAAAACCCUCAAGGCCUUGAGGGCGCAGCUGCGCAAUGUACGGAAGAGGCUCUGGGCGCUGGAGGCCGAGUUAGGGAUCCAGGUGCCCCCCCGGGAACUGGAUGCCGACGACGAACAGGAGGAGGAGAAAGAGGAGGCCGAGCUCCUGCCAGGAGCCCUCAGCACAAGCAGAGACAAGCAAGAGGACUGAGGGUACGAGCCCUGGACGGGCAGCGUGGGCAGUGCCAGGAAGGGACUUGCAGCAGAGCGUCUGUCCCAGCAACUCUCUGUGUCCUUCCUUGCCAAG